AUGCAAUUGCAAGGAGUUACACUCAUGACGUCACACACGACAUCAUUUGCUCUAUAUUUUCUCGCAAAAAAUCCCCAAGCUCAAGAAAAAGCUCAUUCAGAAAUUAAAAAUCUUCUCUCAAGAGGACAACCCUUAACACAAAAAAUAAUGAACGAGCUUCAUUAUGUCAAAGCUUGUAUUAAAGAAAGCAUGAGGCUCUUCCCAAUAGUUACAGGCACUGUAAGGCGUUUAGAUCACGAUAUCGUACUCUCCGGAUAUAGAAUUCCAGCAGGAGUAAUUUUUAUGUUUCAGAAUUUAGUAGCUUGUCGUCAGGAGCAAUACUUUUAUCAAGCUGAUAAGUUUAUUCCCGAGAGAUGGUUGGAAGAAGAUAAACAACAUCACCCUUUUCUGUUUUUACCCUUUGGAUUUGGAAAAAGAAUGUGUAUUGGACGAAGAAUUGCCGAACAAGAGAUUCUUCUUCUAAUUACUAAAAUAAUACAAAAUUUUCAUAUUGAAUACAAUUACGAAGAUAUCGAUUGUUAUUUUAGAAUGGUCAAUGUUCCGGAUAAGCCUUUGAGAUUCAAAUUCAUCCAUCGAUAA